CUUACUCAACUUUCCUUUGCGUGCAUUCCGAGGCGAAACUACGAAUUCAGCAUUGGGAGAUAAUUCCCAAAACUCCGAGUAUUCACUGCGAAAGUUAACGUGGAAGAUGUUUGUUUAUCAGAGUCGACAAGUAUACCUGUGAUCGAGUUGUUAUCGUAAACAAAACUAUGUGAAAAAGGAAAGAGAUUUGAGUGCAGUUACGCGUUGGACCAGUCUUUAGUGGCUGAGUACCUUUUGAGGCAUUAAACAAUAUCCAGUUUGGAGCACAGGAGCCAGUAAAAGACAACAAGUCAUUCAGGCUUGUAGUACUAGUGGAUCAGUGGUAUGGAAGAGGAAGUUGGAAAUAGGGAACAUGAAGGACAACACUACAGGGAGCUGGGAGAUUCCUCUUUCAAACUGAAAGAUUACAAACAAGCAAUAGAGAAUUAUGAACUAUCCUUAAGUAUUGCUAGGGAAGGAGGAAAUAGGGUUGCAGAAGGAGAGUUGUAUAAGUCUCUUGGAGAAUCCUAUCACGGCCUUGACGAUUACAAGCAAGCAUUACAGUAUUAUGAACUAUCCUUAGGUAUUGCUAGGGAAGGAGGAAAUAGGGUGGCAGAAGGACAGUUGUAUAAGAAUCUAGGAGAUUCCAACUGCUUACUUAUGGAUUACAAACAAGCAAUUAUGUAUUAUGGACUAUCCUUAGGUAUUGCUAAGGAAAGAGGAGAUAGGGUUGAAGAAGGAAGGAUGUGUAAGUCUCUUGGAGAUUUCUAUUAUGGCCUUGGUGAUUACAAACAAGCAUUACAGUAUUAUGAACUAUCCUUAUAUAAUGUCAAGGAAAAGGGAAAUAGGCAUUUAGAAGGAGAACUGUAUAAUAGUCUGGGAAAUGUCUACGAAGAACUUAAAGAUUACAAACAAGCAAUAGAGAAUUAUGAACUAUCCUUAAGUAUUGCUAUGGAAGUUGCAGAUAGAACUUGGCAAAAGGAGCUGUAUGAAAAUCUAGGAUAUGUCUAUACAAACCUUGAAGAUUUCAAGCAAGCAAUACAGCAUUAUGAACAUUCCCUAAGUAUUGCUAAGGAAGAAGGAGAUAGCACUGAUGAAAAAGCAUUGUCUAAGUCUCUGGGAGAUUCAUAUUACAGCCUCUGUGAUUACAAGCAAGCAAUUCAAUAUUAUGAACAAUACUUAAGAAUUGCUAAUAAAGUAGGACGUGGUGUUAUUGAAAGACGUGUGUACAAAAAUUUGAUUGCCUGCUAUGAAAGCCUUGAAGAACAUACACAAGCAAUUGAGUAUGAGGAACAGUUAUUUAGUGUUGCUGAGGAAGGAAUGAAAGGAAAAGGUAAAGAGACAAGGCAUUUGCAGCUGAAUGAUCUCCAGUUCAUUGGAGAAGUAAAAGAAGAGGAAAUAGUCAAACAACCACAUUCACAUGACAUGCAAGUACCCCCUGAAAUCAAAGGUAGAGGAUUAAGAGCAGAACUGGCUUAUAGAAAAGCACUGCAGUUUGGAAAGGUCAAAGUCUACCAUGCCCGUAUCAUGCUGAUUGGGCAGGAUCGUGCUGGAAAGACAAGUCUCAAAAAGUCUCUUUUAGGUUUGCCAUUUGAUCUUGAAGAGCAGAGUACUGUUGGAAUUGAAGUAGACCGUUCAUCAUUUAAAGUUGAGGUUGAUCAGGUGAAGAACUGGCAGCGCACAGCUAAGAAAGAAGGUGUAUCUCAGUUUGCAAAGGAGCUGGCAAGAAUAGUGGCCGGUGACCUAAAAAAUGAAGAAGCAAAGAUGGAUUUGACACCUCAAAGGGAACUAAAAGAGACAAGAUCUCACAAAACUCAGGUUGGUGAACUGGAUGUUCUUAAACCUGUAUAUGUAUAUAUAACUCAUGCUAUCUCAUUUGGCUUUCAGGAAUCCCGAAAUAAGUCACACAAACGUAGAGAAAAGGAUACACUGGCUAAUCAUCAAUCUGCACCUGAAACACCUCAAUCAAGUAUUGAUGCAUCCACACCUCCUGAGGAGUUCACAGAACACCUUAUUCAGUAUUUGACAGGUUUAAAUCUAAAAGGGGAUAGCUCAUCUACAGAACCAGUUGUAGAUGUUGAUGUAUGGGACCUAGCUGGUCAGCAUCUCUAUUAUGCCUCUCAUCCAGUGUUUUUCUCCAUGCGAGCACUGUAUCUAUUGGUUUAUAAUCUUAGCAAAGGCUUAAACAACACUGCUGACCCAUUUGUUAGACAAGGUAUCCAUGAUAUACGUUUGGAAAAUCCAAAUGGAGAAACAAACUUGGAAAAUCUUUUGUCAUGGUUAGCAUCAGUAGCUGCUAUCAGUCCAACACAACAAGAAGCAGGAGAGGCAGAAACUCCAUAUUUGCGACCUCCAGUGUUGAUGGUUGGAACACAUGCUGACAAACCAUUUCAGGACAUUAAAGAAAUGAAAAUUCAAAUUCAGAAGGAACUUUCUGGAAAGGGCUUUGCAAGACAUGUGAACACCCAGUUUUUCUCUAUAGACAACACCCAGUCAUUGUCAGAUGCUGGAGUUAUUAAACUUCGAGAGGAAAUACUGAAAGUGUUGGAGUUGGAGCCUUAUAUGGGAGAAGAGGUCCCUGUAAGAUGGUUCAAUUUUGAGAAAGUGGUUCAAGCUUUAAAGGGAAACCAUACGUUUUACUUGAAUAUCAAAUAUCUUCAAGCCAUUGUCAAGGAGGUGUGCUUUGUUAAAGACGAGACUGAGCUUGGUGUAAUGCUGGAUUUCUAUCAUGACCUUGGUGUGGUAGUAAAACAUGGCAGUACAGUUGUCCUGCAGGCUCAGUGGCUGAUUGACUUAUUCAAACAACUGAUUACUAUUCCACGUUAUGAGGAAGUGGGCCUAGAAUCCAGGCUCCUUCAGAAAUGGAAACAUUUAGAGGAAACAGGAAUCCUGUGCAUGGAACUUGUCCGUCAUGUCUUCUCAAAGUUUAUUAAGGAAGAUUCUGUAGCUGAAAAGGACAUCUUAGACAUGAUGGAGCGUUUUGGUCUUGUUGCUAAGUUUGUAACAUCAACGCAGAAUUCUGUGCAGUAUUUUGUUCCAGCCCAGCUUAAAUCAUUACCGAAAGAUCAAGAUCUUUGUAAAUGGGAAGCAUCAACCUCUGAUCCAUGUCCGUUGUAUCUUGACUUUUUAAAUGGUUUUGUUCCCCAUGGAAUUUUUUACCAGCUUGUCUCUCGUUGCAUCAGUUGGUGCUCGGAAAAUGGAUUCAAACGACUACCCACCCUGUAUUGCCAUGCAGCCAGGUUCUUUAUCGUGAAAAAUUUUAUUCAUCCGUUAACCCUUCUCUGCAAGAGGCGAUAUAUCAAGAUUAUCUUGAAGCACAGAGAACCAGUCAGUGAAGAAUGUUUUGCUGAGGGAAGAGAAGUUGCGAAAGAUUUGCGAAAUUUUCUAAAAAGUACGUUGCAAGAUAUGGCUCAACAAAUUCCCUGGCGAGGCAAUUUGAAGUGUGAGCUGUGCGUCGAAUGUCCCUUUUGCCCAAUAGAGAGAAAACCCUGUCAGAACCAUGGUAAGAUAUCCUGUACCCAUGAAGAGUGUUUUUGUCUUCUUAACAUGGCACCGGCAGAACGACUGCUUUGUGAAAAAAGCUUCUGUGAUAAAGUACCCACGAUUCCUGGUCUAGAUGAAUGGUUUUCCAUGGAGGACAAGAAUCUCAAGAAAAGGGAAGAAACUGUAUCUCGUGGAGACAUUUCCACCUAUGGCUCUUUGAAAUCUGGACCACCCUCGUGUGCCGAAUUACAAGACCUUGCUAAUGAGAUUCAGGAAUCAUGGCAACAAAUUGGACGACGGCUAAAGUUGUGCGAAGAAAAUUUGUCUAGUAUUAAUUUUGAAGAGGAGAGUGUAUAUGAGAAAUCUUACAGAAUGCUUCGAAAGUGGACAGAAGCCUUUCAUUAUAGUGCUAAUUAUGGAACCUUGGCUCAAGCCUUAGAACAUGAACUCGUUGACAGGGGAGAUCUAGCACGUAAAUACUGUUACACUAAACAUCCAGCAGAGACUCCACAAGUGGUUCGUGUGGACUCGCCCUUUCUUAAAGAUGGAACACCUUCAGAAGAUGAUCUCCAAUACCUUGCCAGUAAUAUUUUUGAUUGCUGGAAGGUACUGGGACGACAGUUGGACCUUGAGGAGUCAGUACUGAUCAGCAUUGACUGGGAAGAAAAACGCACCUCAGAAAAGUGUUACAAAAUGCUUAAAAAAUGGAAGGAAUGUAAUGGUUCUGAGGCUGACUUUAAGACUCUUGCACAUGGCUUGGAAAAUCACCUCGUCGAAAGAAAUGACCUUGCUGCAAAGUAUUGCUAUAUCACCAAGGCUUCUGAACAAGCACGAAGAGAAUUGCAGACAUUAACACAAGCGCUUCAAACUGGCUUAAACAUCCAUACUACAAGUGGAUGUGUUGAGAGAAGUAACCCAUUAAGGGAUCUAGCGACUACAGCGUCAGGAAAGGGCUAUAAAGUGUUUCCCAAUCAAGGACAAGGAAAUUGUCUGUUCCAUGCCUUGUCAGAUCAACUUGACAUUGUGAAAGGAAUAAAAAUCGAACAGAGUGAUCUACGACGAACCUUGGUGCAGUACCUCAGGGACAACCCAACACUACCUGAUGGCACAGAUCUUUUGGGCUUUAUUGACAACUGUCAAUCGUGGGAGGAUUACCUGACAAAUAUGCAGAAAGAUGGUACUUGGGGCGAUGAGGUGAUUCUUCGAGCUGCAGCAAACAAUUAUGGAACAAGUAUACUUGUAAUAAGUAAUUUGUCUGUAGCCAAUGACAUAACUAUCACGCCAUAUCAGAGUGGUGAAUACAAACGCCUUGUGUUAGGGCAUGUGCAUGAGUUCCAUUACGUCAGUCUGAGGCCAAUAGAAGGUCACUCAAGAAAGAGAAAACUUGAUAAUGAAGAAAUUCUUGAUGAGAAUAACAGACUCGCUAAAUUACCGAUAGCAGAAAAAAAUUUUAACGAAGGUCACUCAAAAUCGGGAAAACUUGAGGAAUAAGAAGUUCUUGACGAGAAGAAAAGAUCUGCAAAGUUACCGACAGCAAAAAAUUCCUCAACUAAGCUGUCAUAAAUUAAUCGCCUGUUGGCGAGGAUCACAAGCACGGAGAGAGUAGACAACGUUAAACAGAUGAAUAACUUAGUUCUCGAAGAGAAACGUUAGGAGGUUAAUGUUAGAGGUAACAACUGUACCUCGGCACCGUUAACUUCCUUCUCAAGACAAACUCGUCAAUUACUUUAGACAAGUUCAAUUUCUUUUGGUUAAAGUGAACCGAGGCUUUCAAAAUUAAGUUAAGGAGGAUUUAAUAGUCAAGAGAUGAUGAAGAAAAUUAGGAACUUUUUGAUAUUUUGAAUUUCAAGAACUCAUUUAGUAAGUUGAUGGGAUUGGUUUCAAGUUAGGUAAGCGUUUUUGUAGCAGUAAUCAUGCAUUGCACGAAAAUUUUCAGACAAAAUUUGUCAGUCAUUUCAAAAUUUGUUUUGAAAACGUUGCAGACAAUAUUUUGGAUAAAACUCCAGUAUCUCCUGGUAAUUGAUGAAGUUGUCGUAUUUCGUGAAUUUAAGUAGCUUAUUUUUUCAAUGUGAUUUUUGCAUUUUUUAUCAGAAUGUUUUCGCUAAAAAUCUUCAUUACCAUCUCCGCAAUUUCUAGUAGUAAUCAGGGCCGGGUUGUUCAAAGGUCAAAGGUUAAGAAAACCCAAGGUUAGUGUGAAAUUUGAUUUCAGAUCUGAAAGCUUUGAAUAAAAAGAAAAUCCACUUAAUUCCAUUUUUCUACAAUUUGAUGAUUGAAUGCUCCAAAAAGAGUUCAGAAAAUUUUCACUAAACAGCCGUUGAACAGAGAAAUAUAGAAACCAUGAUCAACAUUUAACCUUUGGUCAGCACUAAUCUGCCUUUGAACAACUGGGCCCAAACUUCGUAAAAAUUAUCGAGUUUCUUUUUAGCUGUUUGUCUUGUUGGCAUUUGCUUGGUUCUUUUUUAAGUUCAAGACUUGUCAUUUCAAGCUAAUGCAUAGUUUAGGCGAAAGCUUACCAUCUGCUGUAAAUAUUUCCAUUAGUCAAUAAAAAGUUAAUAUUUAAUGGGUA